GCCUUGACACAAAUACUGUUGUAUGAACCAUGUGUCAAUCAAAGUAGACAACUGUAAAGCCCUUGAGAAUAUUUUCUACAAUAUUUGUGGCAAAUUCAGUGGGUUCGAAAUUGAGUUUGUCCUUUCUGCUUCAUUAGUUUAAGCUGUAUAAUUCCUUUCCCUUCCUACAUUCUUGUUUGUCAUUUUUUCGGGGGAAGAGGAGUUGCUAGUACUGGCAUUGGUUUUCCUUUCUCUCUCUCUUUUUUUUUUUUUUUUUUUCCUGAGAUGGAGCUUUGCUGUUGUUGCCCAGGCUGUAGUGCAAUGGCACAAUCUCAGCUCACUGCCUUUUGGGUUCAAGCGAUUCUCCUGCCUCAGCCUCCCAAGUAGCUGGGAUUACAGGUGCCCACCACCACGCCCAGGUAAUUUUUGUAUUUUUACUAGAGAUGGGGUUUCACCAUGUUGUCCAGGCUGGUCUCGAACUUCUGACCUCAGGUAAUCCACCUGCCUCAGCCUCCCAAAGUGCUGGGAUUAGAGGCGUGAGCCACCACAGCCAGCCUUUUUUUUUUUUUUAAUUUUGAGAUAGAGUCUCGCUCUGUCACCCAGGCUGGAGUGCUAUGGUGCAAUCUUGGCUCACUGCAACCUCUGCCUCCCAGUUUGAAGCAAUUCUGCCUCAGCUUCCCGAGUAGCUUGGAUUACAGGUGUGUGCCACCACAUUUGGCCUUUUUUUUUUUUUUUUUUUUUGAGACAGAGUCUCACUCUGUCACCCAGGCUAGAGUGCAGUGGCAUGAUCUUGGCUUGCUGCAACCUCCACCUCCCAGGUUCAAGCGAUUCUUAUCCCUCAGCCUCUUGAGUAGCUGGGACUACAGGCAUAUGCCACCAUGCCCAGAUAAUUUUUGUAUUUUUAGUAGAGGCGGGGUUUCACCAUAUUGGCCAAGCUGGUCUAGAACUCCUGACAUCAUGAUCCGCACACCUCGGCCUCCCAAUGUGCUGGGAUUACAGGCAUGAGCCACCAUGCCCAGCCCAAUUUUUGUAAUUUUAGUAGAGACAGGAGUUCACCAUGUUGGCCAGGCUAGUCUUGAACUCCUGACCUCAGGUGAUCUGCCUACCUCAGCCUCCCAGUGUGAGCCACCACACCCAGACUGGAUUGUUGAAUUCAAUGCUUGGGUCACCUCCAGAUUCAUUUUCACAGUCUUUCAUGUUUUGGUCAUAUUACAUUGUGUUUUGCUGCCAUAUGACUGAUCUUUUUUUGUUAAAUGUGAGAUACUUGUUAAAAAAUAUUUAGCAAUGAAUUGAGGCCUAGUAGCAUGUUAUCUUGCUGCAGAAGAGAUGGGAGUCUACUUCUGGGGGAUGGUCAGGGGUCCUCCAUACAGGCUGCAAUUGAGGUCGCCGGUGCAGGCUCAGUCCCUACAAAGGCCAGGGUAUUUCCUGUCCACCUCUAUUCUGAUGCAUGACUCUUCUGGGUCUCAACCAGAGCCAGUGGACUUCAGUAUGGGUCGCUUUCAUUGGCAGACCCUCAAUCCACUUGUUUUCCUUCUAAUCCCACGCAUGUGUGCAAAAGCUGCUGUGCUUCUUUGCAUCUCAGUAGUUCCUUCUGGAAUUCAGCAAUGAAACUCAGGGAAAUGGGUUCCAAAUGCGAGGCUGACUUUCAUCCUGGGUUUCCUUCUUCUCCAUCUUCACCUCAUGUCUGUUUACUGCCAUGUUAGCAAUUUGAUGUAUUCAAUCAUGGGUUUUAUAUUCUGUUUGGUGUCCCCCAUUGUUCUCAUCGGAGAUCAGAAGCUUCAGAUGCACUUACGUCAACUCAAGAGUACAAUGCUUCCUUAGCUUCCCUCCAGAGUCAGGUUUUAUGUUUCUAGUUCCCAAGUGCACAGCAGGAGUAGUGAUGUCCUCACUGGCUUCUCAUUUGCAUUAAACUGUGAGCUUCUUUAGCGUGGGGACAGGACCCUGCUCCCAUUGCAUUCUCAGAACCUCACCACACACUCGUUGUUUGAGGCCACUCCAGACAGCAUGUGCUGAAGGAUGCCCUGUGGUCAGAAACAAGUUCAUUAACUUUCUCUUUGAAGUGUUUUCGUCCCUGUUUCCUAGCGUUCUGGGAAUUUUACACAACCUUCCUAUAAAACCAAGUAUCAGGUGAGAUCCUUAGGAUCAGGACCAUGAAUCAAGUGGUGUGAGGGCAACACAGCAAACUUACCCUUUUUAGGCCGUUUCCUUUUUCUGCCCUCAAUCUCUGUGAACUGAACCUUGUUAAAGUCAGUCAACACCAGGGUGGAUGGUUUGCCGUUGUCGCCUAUUUUCAGGACAUAACACCCUGACUUAGGAGCCAUUCCAAUCAUUUGUAAUUCAAUAGAUGCGCCCAGCCUUCAGAUUGCCUUUUCUCUCAACCAGGAUCUUUAAAGUCGAUGACAAGAGUUCCAGUCCUGAAUCAUGGCAAAGUGCAGUAGUGAACUGCGGGGUUAAUGACACCAUAUUCUGGAAGGAUCUCUCUUUGGCUGAUGGUCUCAGUUCCGGCAUCAGCCUCUGACUGAGAAUCAGGUCUCACACAGGAGGAGUCAGAUGAGGAGCAAUUCUCUGCUUCCGAUGGAGUUAGUUGUGAUGAAUUGGUGAGGUCUGGUUUUUCACACUGAACUAAAAUGAGCUUUCGCUGUGUCAAGCACAAGACUGACCCCAGAAACACACAUAGUGCACCUCAUAGAAGCUUUUAAUAGUCUUUAUAUUUACUAAAGAAUAGGACUAACUAUGGAACUAUGAAGAUGAGCUGGAAAUGACAGGUGACUUGCCAGCAGGCCAGAGUGUGACUUUUUUUUGUCCCUCAAUGGGAGGUGUCAAUUCUCCCUUUGGUUGUGAGAAUCAGUUGGUUCAUUUGUGGAAAGGUUGCAGGGGGGAUCUUUGAAUCACAGCCUUCAGAUGCCAGAAGGGCAGAGGGAAUCCCACACGGGCUGGUGGAUCAUGUGUGUGCAUUUCUCUCCCUUCUAAUCUGAGGAAACUAAGCAUGAAAGAAUGUGAGCAUGCAGAAAAGGAGAGGUAGGUAUCAGAGGCAGAGGAAAAUGGGAAAUUGGAUAUGAAAGAAAUACACACCUACAAGUGAGUUCAGAAACUGAACCCCACCCUCCUGGGAAACGCCCAUUGGAGUGUUGUUUUUAACCUUUGUACAAUGUUUAGACCCAGUAAAUGCAGAAAUAGAAACAAAUGGUCAGAAGACAUAUCGUGAGAGAGAGAGAGAGAGUUCACAAAACAGAAAACAAAGUACCUUAAUAUUUACCAGUGACCAAAAGAUGUGAAGUAGCAAAACGUCUCCUGACCCCAUUGCCAGCUAGACUGUGUGGAAACUCGGUUCAUACCAGCCAUUCUAGGGGUGGGGUGAGUUGUUGUCAUCCUUAGGAAAGUGUGUUGUUGUAGGAUCAACCACAUCCUUCAAAAGGACUAUGCCUGUUUAUAAGCCCAGCUGUUUCUGCCCUGUGAAACACGGAAAAUGUUUCAACGUGCGCAAGAGUUGCGGCGGCGGGCAGAGGACUACCACAAACGCAAAAUCCCCCCUUCUGCAAGAAAGCCUCUUUGCAACUGGGUCAGAAUGGCGGCAGCGGAGCAUCGUCAUUCUUCAGGAUUGCCCCACUGGCCCUACCUCACAGCUGAAACUUUAAAAAACAGGAUGGGCCACCAGCCACCUCCUCCAACUCAACAACAUUCUAUAACUGAUAACUCCCUGAGCCUCAAGACACGUGCCGAAUGUCUGGUCUAUCCCCUUCCACCCUCAGCGGAUGAUAAUCUCACGACGCCUCCCGAGUGUUUCCUCACUCCUCUUCCACCCUCAGCUCCACCCUCAGCGGAUGAUAAUCUCAAGACACCUCCCUUAGCUACUCAGGAGGCUGAGGCAGAAAAACCACCCAAACCCGAGAGACAGAGGGCCGCUGACGUGGAACCACCACCGAAACCCGAGAGGCGGAGGGUCGCUGACGUGCAACCAUCACGGAAACCCGAGAGGCGGAGGGCCGCUGACGUGCAACCAUCACGGAAACCCGAGAGGCGGAGGACCACUGACGUGCAACCAUCACGGAAACCCGAGAGGCGGAGGGCCGCAGUGGAUAAGACACCUGCCGAGUUUCUGGUCUAUCCCCUUCCACCCUCAGCGGAUGAUAAUCUCGAAACGCCUCUCGAGUGUCUCCUCGCUCCUCUUCCACCCUCACGUCUAUCCCCGGCUCCACCCUCAGCGGAUAAGACACCUGCCGAGUUUCUGGUCUAUCCCCUUCCACCCUCAGCGGAUGAUAAUCUCGAAAUGCCUCUCGAGUGUCUCCUCACUCCACUUCCACCCUCACCUCCACCCUCAGCUCCACCCUCAGCGGAUGAUAAUCUCAAGACACCUCCCUUAGCUACUCAGGAGGCUGAGGCAGAAAAACCACCCAAACCCGAGAGAGAGAGGGCCGCUGACGUGGAACCACCACCGAAACCCGAGAGGCGGAGGGCCGCUGACGUGCAACCAUCACGGAAACCCGAGAGGCGGAGGGCCGCUGACGUGCAACCAUCACGGAAACCCGAGAGGCGGAGGACCACUGACGUGCAACCAUCACGGAAACCCGAGAGGCGGAGGGCCGCAGUGGAUAAGACACCUGCCGAGUUUCUGGUCUAUCCCCUUCCACCCUCAGCGGAUGAUAAUCUCGAAACGCCUCUCGAGUGUCUCCUCGCUCCUCUUCCACCCUCACGUCUAUCCCCGGCUCCACCCUCAGCGGAUGAUAAGACACCUGCCGAGUUUCUGGUCUAUCCCCUUCCACCCUCAGCGGAUGAUAAUCUCGAAAUGCCUCUCGAGUGUCUCCUCACUCCACUUCCACCCUCACCUCCACCCUCAGCUCCACCCUCAGCGGAUGAUAAUCUCAAGACACCUCCCUUAGCUACUCAGGAGGCUGAGGCAGAAAAACCACCCAAACCCGAGAGAGAGAGGGCCGCUGACGUGGAACCACCACCGAAACCCGAGAGGCGGAGGGCCGCUGACGUGCAACCAUCACGGAAACCCGAGAGGCGGAGGGCCGCUGACGUGCAACCAUCACGGAAACCCGAGAGGCGGAGGACCACUGACGUGCAACCAUCACGGAAACCCGAGAGGCGGAGGGCCGCAGUGGAUAAGACACCUGCCGAGUUUCUGGUCUAUCCCCUUCCACCCUCAGCGGAUGAUAAUCUCGAAACGCCUCUCGAGUGUCUCCUCGCUCCUCUUCCACCCUCACGUCUAUCCCCGGCUCCACCCUCAGCGGAUGAUAAGACACCUGCCGAGUUUCUGGUCUAUCCCCUUCCACCCUCAGCGGAUGAUAAUCUCGAAACGCCUCUCGAGUGUCUCCUCACUCCUCUUCCACCCUCACCUCCACCCUCAGCUCCACCCUCAGCGGAUGAUAAUCUCAAGACACCUCCCUUAGCUACUCAGGAGGCUGAGGCAGAAAAACCACCCAAACCCGAGAGAGAGAGGGCCGCAGACGUGGAACCACCACCGAAACCCGAGAGGCGGAGGGCCGCUGACGUGCAACCAUCACGGAAACCCGAGAGGCGGAGGGCCGCUGACGUGCAACCAUCAUGGAAACCCGAGAGGCGGAGGACCACUGACGUGCAACCAUCACGGAAACCCGAGAGGCGGAGGGCCGCAGUGGAUAAGACACCUGCCGAGUUUCUGGUCUAUCCACUUCCACCCUCAGCGGAUGAUAAUCUCGAAACGCCUCUCGAGUGUCUCCUCGCUCCUCUUCCACCCUCACGUCUAUCCCCGGCUCCACCCUCAGCGGAUGAUAAGACACCUGCCGAGUUUCUGGUCUAUCCCCUUCCACCCUCAGCGGAUGAUAAUCUCGAAAUGCCUCUCGAGUGUCUCCUCACUCCACUUCCACCCUCACCUCCACCCUCAGCUCCACCCUCAGCGGAUGAUAAUCUCAAGACACCUCCCUUAGCUACUCAGGAGGCUGAGGCAGAAAAACCACCCAAACCCGAGAGAGAGAGGGCCGCUGACGUGGAACCACCACCGAAACCCGAGAGGCGGAGGGCCGCUGACGUGCAACCAUCACGGAAACCCGAGAGGCGGAGGGCCGCUGACGUGCAACCAUCACGGAAACCCGAGAGGCGGAGGACCACUGACGUGCAACCAUCACGGAAACCCGAGAGGCGGAGGGCCGCAGUGGAUAAGACACCUGCCGAGUUUCUGGUCUAUCCCCUUCCACCCUCAGCGGAUGAUAAUCUCGAAACGCCUCUCGAGUGUCUCCUCGCUCCUCUUCCACCCUCACGUCUAUCCCCGGCUCCACCCUCAGCGGAUGAUAAGACACCUGCCGAGUUUCUGGUCUAUCCCCUUCCACCCUCAGCGGAUGAUAAUCUCGAAACGCCUCUCGAGUGUCUCCUCACUCCUCUUCCACCCUCACCUCCACCCUCAGCUCCACCCUCAGCGGAUGAUAAUCUCAAGACACCUCCCUUAGCUACUCAGGAGGCUGAGGCAGAAAAACCACCCAAACCCGAGAGAGAGAGGGCCGCAGACGUGGAACCACCACCGAAACCCGAGAGGCGGAGGGCCGCUGACGUGCAACCAUCACGGAAACCCGAGAGGCGGAGGGCCGCUGACGUGCAACCAUCAUGGAAACCCGAGAGGCGGAGGACCACUGACGUGCAACCAUCACGGAAACCCGAGAGGCGGAGGGCCGCAGUGGAUAAGACACCUGCCGAGUUUCUGGUCUAUCCACUUCCACCCUCAGCGGAUGAUAAUCUCGAAACGCCUCUCGAGUGUCUCCUCGCUCCUCUUCCACCCUCACGUCUAUCCCCAGCUCCACCCUCAGCGGAUGAUAAGACACCUGCCGAGUUUCUGGUCUAUCCCCUUCCACCCUCAGCGGAUGAUAAUCUCGAAACGCCUCUCGAGUGUCUCCUCACUCCUCUUCCACCCUCACCUCCACCCUCAGCUCCACCCUCAGCGGAUGAUAAUCUCAAGACACCUCCCUUAGCUACUCAGGAGGCUGAGGCAGAAAAACCACCCAAACCCGAGAGACAGAGGGCCGCUGACGUGGAACCACCACCGAAACCCGAGAGGCGGAGGGCCGCUGACGUGCAACCAUCACGGAAACCCGAGAGGCGGAGGGCCGCUGACGUGCAACCAUCAUGGAAACCCGAGAGGCGGAGGACCACUGACGUGCAACCAUCACGGAAACCCGAGAGGCGGAGGGCCGCAGUGGAUAAGACACCUGCCGAGUUUCUGGUCUAUCCACUUCCACCCUCAGCGGAUGAUAAUCUCGAAACGCCUCUCGAGUGUCUCCUCGCUCCUCUUCCACCCUCACGUCUAUCCCCAGCUCCACCCUCAGCGGAUGAUAAGACACCUGCCGAGUUUCUGGUCUAUCCCCUUCCACCCUCAGCGGAUGAUAAUCUCGAAACGCCUCUCGAGUGUCUCCUCACUCCUCUUCCACCCUCACCUCCACCCUCAGCUCCACCCUCAGCGGAUGAUAAUCUCAAGACACCUCCCUUAGCUACUCAGGAGGCUGAGGCAGAAAAACCACCCAAACCCGAGAGAGAGAGGGCCGCUGACGUGGAACCACCACCGAAACCCGAGAGGCGGAGGGCCGCUGACGUGCAACCAUCACGGAAACCCGAGAGGCGGAGGGCCGCUGACGUGCAACCAUCACGGAAACCCGAGAGGCGGAGGACCACUGACGUGCAACCAUCACGGAAACCCGAGAGGCGGAGGGCCGCAGUGGAUAAGACACCUGCCGAGUUUCUGGUCUAUCCCCUUCCACCCUCAGCGGAUGAUAAUCUCGAAACGCCUCUCGAGUGUCUCCUCACUCCUCUUCCACCCUCACCUCCAUCCUCAGCUCCACCCUCAGCGGAUGAUAAUCUCAAGACACCUCCCUUAGCUACUCAGGAGGCUGAGGCAGGAAAACCACCCAAACCCGAGAGAGAGAGGGCCGCUGACGUGGAACCACCACCGAAACCCGAGAGGCGGAGGGCCGCUGACGUGCAACCAGCACUGAAACCCGAGAGGCGGAGGGCCGCUGACGUGCAACCAUCACGGAAACCCGAGAGGCGGAGGGCCGCAGUGGAUAAGACACCUGCCGAGUUUCUGGUCUAUCCUCUUCCACCCUCAGCGGAUGAUAAUCUCAAAAUGCCUCUCGAGUGUCUCCUUACUCCUCUUCCACCCUCACCUCCAUCCUCAGCUCCACCCUCAGCGGAUGAUAAUCUCAAGACACCUCCCUUAGCUACUCAGGAGGCUGAGGCAGAAAAACCACCGAAACCCGAGAGGCGGAGGGCCACUGACGUGGAACCACCACUGAAACCCGAGACGCGAAGCGCCGCUGACGCGCAGCCAUCACGGAAACCCGAGAGGCGGAGGGCCGCUGACCUGGAAUCACCACCGAAACCCGAGAGGCGGAGCGCCGCUGACGCGCAGCCGUCGCUGAAACCCGAGAGGCGGAGCGCCGCUGACGUGCAGCCGUCGCCGAAACCUGAGAGGCGGAGGGCCGCUGACCUGGAAUCACCACCGAAACCCGAGAGGCGGAGGGCCGCUGACCUGGAAUCACCACCGAAACCUGAGAGGCGGAGGGCCGCUGACACGCAACCAUCACCGAAACCCGAGAGGCGGAGGGCCGCUGACCUGGAAUCACCACCGAGACCCGAGAGGCGGAGCGCCGCUGACCUGGAAUCACCACCGAAACCUGAGAGGCGGAGGGCCGCUGACGUGCAACCAUCACUGAAACCCGAGAGGCGGAGCGUCGCUGACGCGCAGCCGUCGCCGAAACCUGAGAGGCGGAGGGCCACUGACCUGGAAUCACCACCGAAACUCGAGAGGCGGAGCGCCGCUGACGCGCAGCCGUCGCCGAAACCUGAGAGGCGGAGGGCCACUGACCUGGAAUCACCACCGAAACUCGAGAGGCGGAGCGCCGCUGAUGCGCAGCCGUCGCCGAAACCUGACAGGCGGAGGGCCACUGACGUGGAAUCACCACCGAAACUCGAGAGGCGGAGCGCCGCUGACGCGCAACCAUCACCGAAACCCGAGAGGCAGAGCGCCGCUGAUGCGCAGCCGUCGCCGAAACCUGAGAGGCGGAGGGCCGCUGACCUGGAAUCACCACCGAAACCCGAGAGGCGGAGGGCCGCUGACCUGGAAUCAGCACCGAAACCCGAGAGGCGGAGGGCCGCUGACGCGCAACCAUCACCGAAACCUGAGAGGCGGAGGGCCGCUGACGCGCAACCAUCACCGAAACCCGAGAGGCGGAGCGCCGCUGACGCGCAGCCAUCACCGAAACCUGAGAGGCGGAGGGCCGCUGACGCGCAGCCAUCACCGAAACCCGAGAGGCGGAGCGCCGCUGACGCGCAGCCAUCACCGAAACCCGAGAGGCGGAGGGCCGCUGACGCGCAGCCGUCGCCGAAACCCGAGAGGCGGAGCGCCGCUGACGCGGAACCAUCAUCACCCGAACCCAAGAGGCGGAGGGUCGCUGACGAACCGCCAUGCAAACCCCCACGCAAACCCAAGAGGCGGAGGGCCGCUGACAGGGAACGGCCACGCAAACCCCCACGCAAACCCAAGAGGUGGAGCGCCGCUGAGGCGCAGCCGUCGCCGAAACCUGAGAGGCGGAGCGCCACUGACGCGGAACCUCCACGCAAGCUCAAGAGGCGGAGGGCCGCUGACCGGAAACCAUCAUCACCCGAACCCAAGAGGCGGAGGGUCGCUGACGUGGAACCGCCACACAAACCCAAGAGGCGCAGGGUCGCUGACGUGAGACGGCCACGCAAACCCCCACGCAAACCCAAGAGGUGGAGCGCCGCUAAGGCGCAGCCGUCGCCGAAACCCGAGGGGCGGAGCGCCGCUGAGGCGCAGCCGUCGCCGAAACCCGAGGGGCGGAGCGCCGCUGACGCGCAGCCGUCGCCGAAACCCGAGGGGCGGAGCGCCGCUGACGCGCAGCCGUCGCCGAAACCCGAGGGGCGGAGCGCCGCUGACGCGCAGCCGUCGCCGAAACCCGAGGGGCGGAGCGCCGCUGACGCGCAGCCGUCGCCGAAACCCGAGGGGCGGAGCGCCGCUGACGCGCAGCCGUCGCCGAAACCCGAGGGGCGGAGCGCCGCUGACUCGCAGCCGUCGCCGAAACCCGAGAGGCGGAGCGCCGCUGACCUGGAAUCACCACCGCAACCCGAGAGGCGGAGCACCGCUGACGCGCAAGCAUCACCGAAAUCCGAGAGGCGGAGCGCCGCUGAGGCGCAGCCGUCGCCGAAACCCGAGAGGCGGAGCGCCGCUGACACGCAGCCAUCACCGAAACCUGAGAGGCGGAGCGUCGCUGACCUGGAAUCACCACCGAAACCCGAGAGGCGGAGCGCCGCUGACCUGGAAUCACCACCGAAACCCGAGAGGCGGAGCGCCGCUGAGGCGCAGCCGUCGCCGAAACCCGAGAGGCGGAGCGCCGCUGACACGCAGCCAUCACCGAAACCCGAGAGGCGGAGCGUCGCUGACACGCAGCCAUCACCGAAACCUGAGAGGCGGAGCGCCGCUGACACGCAGCCAUCACCGAAACCUGAGAGGCGGAGCGCCGCUGACCUGGAAUCACCACCGAAACCCGAGAGGCGGAGCGCCGCUGAGGCGCAGCCGUCGCCGAAACCCGAGAGGCGGAGCGCCGCUGACACGCAGCCAUCACCGAAACCCGAGAGGCGGAGCGUCGCUGACACGCAGCCAUCACCGAAACCUGAGAGGCGGAGCGUCGCUGACACGCAGCCAUCACCGAAACCCGAGAGGCGGAGCGUCGCUGACCUGGAAUCACCACCGAAACCCGAGAGGCGGAGCGCCGCUGAGGCGCAGCCGUCACCGAAACCCGAGAGGCGGAGCGCCGCUGACCCGCAGCCAUCACCGAAACCUGAGAGGCGGAGCGUCGCUGACACGCAGCCAUCACCGAAACCUGAGAGGCGGAGCGUCGCUGACCUGGAAUCACCACCGAAACCCGAGAGGCGGAGCGCCGCUGACCUGGAAUCACCACCGAAACCCGAGAGGCGGAGCGCCGCUGAGGCGCAGCCGUCGCCGAAACCCGAGAGGCGGAGCGCCGCUGACACGCAGCCAUCAUCGAAACCCGAGAGGCGGAGCGUCGCUGACACGCAGCCAUCACCGAAACCCGAGAGGCGGAGCGCCGCUGACACGCAGCCAUCACCGAAACCUGAGAGGCGGAGCGUCGCUGACACGCAGCCAUCACCGAAACCUGAGAGGCGGAGCGUCGCUGACACGCAGCCAUCACCGAAACCCGAGAGGCGGAGCGUCGCUGACCUGGAAUCACCACCGAAACCCGAGAGGCGGAGCGCCGCUGAGGCGCAGCCGUCGCCGAAACCCGAGAGGCGGAGCGCCGCUGACACGCAGCCAUCACCGAAACCUGAGAGGCGGAGCGUCGCUGACACGCAGCCAUCACCGAAACCUGAGAGGCGGAGCGUCGCUGACCUGGAAUCACCACCGAAACCCGAGAGGCGGAGCGCCGCUGAGGCGCAGCUGUCGCCGAAACCCGAGAGGCGGAGCGCCGCUGACUCGCAGCCGUCGCCGAAACCCAAGAGGCGGAGCGCCGCUGACACGCAGCCAUCAUCGAAACCCGAGAGGCGGAGCGCCGCUGACGCGCAGCUGUUGCCGAAACCCGAGAGGCAGAGCGCCGCUGAUGCGCAGCCGUCGCCGAAACCCGAGAGGCAGAGCGCCGCUGCUGACACGCAGCCGUCGCCGAAACCCGAGAGGCGGAGCGCCGCUGACGCGCAGCCGUCGCCGAAACCCGAGAGGCGGAGUGCCGCUGAACUGGAAUCACCACCGGAACCCGAGAGGCGGAGCGCCGCUGACGCGCAGCCGUCGCCGAAACCCGAGAGGCGGAGCGCCGCUGACGCGCAGCCGUCGCCGAAACCCGAGAGGCGGAGCGCCGCUGAUGCGCAGCCGUCGCCGAAACCCGAGAGGCGGAGCGCCGCUGACGCGGAACCGCCUCGCAAACGCAAGAGGCGGAGGGCAGCGGACAUUGAACUAUCAUCACCCGAACCCAAGAGGCGGAGGAUCGGUGACGUGGAACGGCCACGCAAACCCAAGAGGCCGAGGGCCGCCGACGUGGAACCAUCAUUACCCGAACCCAAGAGGCGGAGGGUCGGUGACGUGGAACUGCCACGCAAACGCAAGAGGCCGCAGGCCGCCGACGUGGAACCAUCAUUACCCGAACCCAAGAGGCGGAGGUUGAAUUAGGUGAGAACAGGCCAUUGCACUCAAGCCUGAGCAAUAAGAAUAAAACUGAGUAGAACAAAAUAAAAAAAUCAAAAAACAAAACAAAACCCACACUCCAAAAACAAAGAAUAAAUAAAUAAUAUAAAAAUAAAAUAAAUACUGCAGUCCUUA